AUGCCUCCCUUCGUCUUCAUCAACAAGUCACCUGUAGAGGACGAGUCUGUGCGCCUUCGCAAGGAGUUUGCGACCCUUGUCGACAAGCUGGGCGCAACGAUGAUGGCCGUUCCGGACGACAGGCCAGAGUUGAUGCAGGAGAAGCGGGACUGGAAUGCGGAAUGGGACGCAUUAUCCGCUGCGUUCGACACCUCUUUUGCUGCUGCGCAGAAGCGAGGGUUGCAGCUGUCUUUGUCCGCAGCUGAUACUGCCUUAGUUAAGAGCGGCAAUAUGACCUACGCAACGCAUGAGUGUCAAUUCGUCGAGAAGAUGCAGGACGAUACGGAGAAAAUGGACGUGAUUCUGGGCGGCGCUAGUGGUGGGGAGGAGGAUGCGGAUGGGGAGCCUGAGGUUGCGAGUACCAGGGCGGUGACUUCCUCCAAACGUCCGCGUAAGGCAGCGGGUAAGGCGAAGAAAUCUGCUGGGGCUGAUGAGUCACGCGAGUUGAAAUCUGGUGGUCGUGCGAUCGUCCCAGGCCCUAAGGUUGAUCAUGUUCUUCCUUGUGGCAAUUGCAAGAGGCGUGACCAGCCUUGCAGUGGUUCGCGGGGUCAGCAAUGCGAUCCCUGCAAGGUUGCGAGGACCAAAUGCGAGUACUCAUCCUUCGGGAAGGCAUCCACCAAGAAGGCCCCUUCGAUUGCAUCCGCAACUCCAGUUGCUGGUGGAUCUCGCCUAUCUGCGCCUGGUUCCAUUCGUCGCACCGUCUCCUCUCCAGAACAUCAAGCGUGGGAUCCAAUUGAGGUAUCUGAUGGUGAGCUGGUUGGUUCUGCUAAGCGUCGUCCAGUUGCGACUGGGAAGGGGAAGAAGAUAGCUGUUGAGGAUGACGCUGGUGAUGCAGAGGAUCUGGAGGAGUUGCAUGAGAUGCGCCAGGUGCGCGCAAAGCUCAUGCAAGCAUAUAGCAUGAUCUUUGAGGCCUCCCUUGCGCUUGACAAGCAGGAGCAGAACAUCCUCAAGAGGCGUGCUGCCCGCAAGUAA